UAUUGUCAAAAAAUGUAAACACCACUGUUUCACACUUUCACAAAAGUUAAUGUUUAUGAGAUUUAUCUCAAAUUGUACUUAAACGAGUUAUAUUUCAUAUCUAUUUUUAAAUAUAUAAAAUAUUAAAUAUGCAACCUGAGUUACACGUGGAUCCAAAUAUUUAUACGAGGCCUUUCCCUCGUUUUGAUCGGCCCAUAAUUAUUGGUUACAUUGGUUUAGAAAAUCUCAAGUAUGCCCGCCGUAUUGGUAAUGAAAGAGUUCGUUAUGACUUAAACUUGCAUUUAGACAAAGCGAUACACCGACCACAAGACUUAGAUGUUAGACUUAACGAUUUACUAAAGUUUUUAUUGGAACAUGAACGCCGCUUGAACUUUCCUAUAGAAAAUAGUUUAGAUAAGGCCAAAUUCUUUUGCUACCGUGGCCUAAUGACUUGUGUGGCUUGUACUCCUUAUGAAAAUAGGGAACCCUGGAAAAUGGUUGCUAUUUUAUAUAAAGGGAACAUUUUUCUUUGUGCAAGAGAUACAGAGGACAAAUUGAAUAGAAAACUAAAUAUGACUGAGAGAGACAAACAGUUUACAUCAUGGGGCUAUAAAUUUGAACAGUUCCUCUUGUCCGAUGAACCAGAUUCUGAACCAAAUCCAGAUGUUCCAGUGGAUGAAAAUGAGGAGUUCUCAUUAGUUUUCACAACACAUUUGAACCAUCAUUCAAUAGUGUAUGGAGCUGAAAUGGAUGGAAUCAGGUGUGACAAGGAGGCUGUUCCUAAGCCUCCUUCCGAAUUGGGACCAGAAGCUGUAAUUAAAUAUUUAUCUACAAAAGAGUUUAUUGAAUUAAAAACCAACAGGCAUAUAGAACAUCCCAAACAAGAGACUAGCUUUAGACGAUUUAAAGCAAAGAAGUGGUGGUGUCAGUCAUUCCUUGCGGGUAUAGACACCAUACUAUGUGGAUACAGAAACGAUGAUGGAAUUGUGGAAGAAUUGAAAACUUGGAAAAUUAGGGAUCUAGCAAAAAUGUCUCAGAGAUUUUGGAAUCCUAAUGUUUGCUUCAACUUCCUGGAUACCUUUUUCACAUACGUGAAAAGAUGUUUAGUAAGAGAGAUAAAACAUAAACACGGGGAAAAGGGAUUAAAGAACAUUCCUGAAUUACCUUUGAUGAGCUUAAUGUUUGAGUGGAGUCCCGGCAUGCCAAUUCAGGUAACAGGGAAUUACUCACAUCAAGAUGACCCUAUACUGUGGCCGUGGUUUGUAGAAAAUUAUGGUAAGGGUGUAAAUAAUGCAUAAUGGGAAGAGAUCUACUAGGUAAGCAUAUAUUUGGAAAAAGUAUAUUAACUAGAAUGUAAGUGUUAAUUGUUUUGGAAAAUAAUUAACUGUCUUUGUUCUUUCCCAAUAAUGAACUUUUGUUUUGAUAUGUAAAUAUAUAUUUAUGUCAGUGUAUAUGGUUGUAAAGAAAAUAUCGGCUACUAUCGUACCAUUUAUUAUCACUGCAUAGCAAAUGGUGUAAAUCAACAUCCAUAAAAGACUAAUCAACAACAUGGAUAUCUUCGCUUACAACUAGAUAUGCUUAUAUACCUAAUAUGUAUUUUAUCGUACAUCAAUAAAAAAUAUUUAGAAAAUAAAAACAAUAAUUAACAGAACAACUUAGUUGUAAUAAAAAUAAAAUGGUGUCAUGUAUUAAAACGUUCCAACCAAUGAUAAUGCUGUAUUUACAUAACAAUGAUUUAUUUUAGCAACAAAAUCUUGACAUGGACAUUGGUACUUUUAUAUAAACAUAUAUAUUUUAAAAUUUUAACAGUUAUUCCUAAAAGAAAUCAUGUUAUCAACAUUAAAAUUAUACCAUCUAAUAUGUAUUAAUUUUAACAUUUAUAUUUU